AUGGACGCUCAUGGCCCCGGCACGGUGGCUGGCCUGACGCAGACGGACUCCAACCAUGCCCGGCUGCGGCGGCUGGGCAUCGCGCCGCACUCCCUGGCCGACCCCCCAACCUCCACCUUCCGAGACGUGGUCUUCUCGGCCCCACCCUCCGCCAGCGCCGACUACCCCGGCGAGGUGGCGCGCGCGCUGGAGCGCUGGAGCGGCGAGGGCGCCUUCGUCUUCACCUCCAGUGCGGCGGUCUACGCCGUGGACGGGGGCGAGGCGGCGCGUGAGGACUCGCCGGUCGUGGCGCUGGGGGCCUUGCCGCGCACCGACCGCCUGCUGCGCGCAGAGCGGAGCGUGCGGGCGGCAGGGGGGUGCGUGGUGCGCCUGGUGGGCCUGUACCACUCCCUGCGGGGCCCUCACACCUUCUACCUGAAGCAGAGCGGGGACGCUGACCGCUGGGGUGGCGCGCUGGUCAACCUGGUGCACUACCAGGACGCCGCGGGUCUGACCCUGGCGGUGCUCCAGCACCGGGGGCCCGAUGGCUCGCCCCCACGCGGCGAGACCUUCGUGGCCUGCGACGACGAGCCCAUCACCCUCCAGGGCAUCAUGGAUGCCACGAUGGACCUCCCGCGGUACGCAGCCACCGCCGCUGGGCCCCUGCGCUUCGUGGGUGCGCCGGGGAGCAGCGUGGGCAAGCGCAUGACCAACCCCGCGACGCGGCGGGCGCUGGGCUGGGAGCCACGGUUCAAGUCCUUCCGCGCCUUCAUGGCGGGCGGGGCCGAGGACUGGUACCUGGAGCUGGAAUCGGCCCUGGCAGCGUAG